UGGAGACACCGAGGGGAGAGGUGCUGAUGUGGGGGCCAGAGGGGGUACUGCUGCAAAGAUAGCAGAGAAGGGCGCUGUAGGAGAUCUUAGGAUGGGUUGGUGGUGGGGCAGGUCAAUGUGUUGGUCUCAGAUGUGUGUGUAGGAGGUAUUUUUAUGGCUAAAAGAGAUAGAACUGGUGGCCUUAGAGAGGAUGUGAGAUGGUGGAAGAAAGAAAGGACCUUAAUCACCGAGUGGUAACAUUUAGUGGAGACUUUCAAAGGGGUGAUUUAGGUGAAGGGGUUAGUGGGGGACAGGAGAGGGUUACUAGAAGGGGUAGAGUGGUUGGAAGAGACACUGAGAGGAUAGAAGGACCUGAAGAGAUCUUAGAAAACUUGGGGAGUAGUGGAGAAGGAACUCCAAGAAGUGGGGCUGAGGGAAAGUGGGUAUGCUUGAAGAAUUGGUGCUGUGGGGAGAGAUGUCAGGGCCAUUAUAAGGAGAAAAUAGCUGCAGUUGAUGGACCAGAGGAGACAGACAGGUUUUUGGGGUGUUUGAGAGUUGGAGUGGAGAAACCGAGGAGAUAGUGGGAUACCUUGAAUUGGGUUUGUUUAGGAAGUAGGCAUUCUGAAAAGAGAAGAGUCUGAGGAAGUGAGGGAAGGAUAGAGAUGGGAAGGGAUAAGGGAAAAGAGUUUGAGAGAUGAGAGUUCAGAUAGAGGAGUAGGAGAGGGACUAAGGAAUAUAAGGGUCCAGGAGAAUACCUUGGGAAGGAGCUGGCCUUUUUGGAUCCAGUCCCCAGGGAUGUCAAGGCACUGGCAAGUGAAACCUUCCCCUCCACCCUUCCUCUUCAGUUGCUCUUCUGGUUCUGUUUUUCUGACUGCCUCUCUUCACCCAUCCAGCCCCUAGCCAGAGUGCUGAAGACCGUGAGUCUGGCCUAUCCGACAGUGAAGAGAGUGUGUUCUCGGGUCUGGAGGACUCUGGCAGUGAUAGUAGCGAGGAUGAUGCCAGUAGUAUUGAAGAUGGACAAUCCAGGAGCAUCCCAAAGAUGACUCAGGACAAGUCCCAGGCUGGUGCCACCUUGCAGAACACCAAGGAAGCCAGUAACCAGAGCCAAGAACCAAAGAAAGAAGAUGAGUAUACAGAGGACAGCUCUGAUGAGGAGGACAUCCGGAACACUGUGGGGAAUAUCCCUCUGGAAUGGUAUGAGGAUUUUCCGCACAUUGGCUAUGACCUCGAUGGGAAACGGAUCUAUAAACCCCUGCGUAGCCGAGAUGAACUUGAUCGCUUCCUGGAUAAGAUGGAUGACCCUGACUACUGGCGAACAGUCCAGGACAAGAUGACAGGGCAGGAUGUGAAGCUGACAGACGAGCAGAUAGCCCUGGUACAUCGACUCCAGAAGGGCCAGUUUGGAGAUGCCAGUUAUGAUCCUUAUGAGCCAGCUGUAGAUUUCUUCAGUGGGCACGUGAUGAUCCACCCAGUGACCAACCGUCCCGCCGACAAACGCAGUUUCAUUCCAUCUCUCAUUGAGAAGGAGAAGGUCUCCCGGAUGGUCCAUGCCAUUAAGAUGGGCUGGAUUCAGCCACGGCGGCCGAGGGACCUCACUCCCCAGUACUAUGACCUUUGGGCCCAAGAGGACCCCAAUGCCAUCCUGGGGCGCCACAAGAUGCAUGUGCCUGCCCCGAAACUUGCCCUGCCUGGACAUGCUGAAUCCUACAACCCUCCACCUGAAUAUUUACUCAGUGAAGAAGAGCGACUGGCAUGGGAGCAGCAAGAGCCUGGAGAGAGGAAGUUGAACUUCUUACCUCAGCAGUUUCGAUGCCUAAGGGCAGUUCCUGCAUAUGGCCGCUUCAUCCACGAACGCUUUGAACGUUGCCUUGACCUUUACCUGUGCCCUCGCCAGCGCAAGAUGAGGGUGAAUGUGGACCCUGAAGAUCUGAUCCCCAAACUGCCCAAACCCUGGGACCUGCAGCCGUUUCCCACCACCCAGUCCCUGGUGUACAGGGGCCACAGUGACUUGGUGCGAUGCCUCAGCGUUUCCCCCAGUGGCCAUUGGCUAGCUUCAGGUUCGGAUGAUCAUUCGGUACGACUGUGGGAAGUGAACACUGGUCGGUGCCUGAAAACAAUUCCUGUAUCUGGAGUGGUGAAGAGCAUCGCCUGGAACCCCAACCCUGCUGUCUGUCUUGUGGCUGUGGCUGUUGCAGAGUCCGUGCUGCUGCUGAAUCCAGGUCUGGGGGACCUGUCGACGACAAGAAGCACAGACCAGCUCCUGAGUGCAUUCUCACCCCCCGAAGAGCCUGCUGGGCAGCCUGUGGAGUGGCAGGAGGCUUCAGCUGAAGAGCAUGAACAUGGCCUUAGGCUUCGGAUCCAUCAUAACAAGUCAGUGAAGCAGGUAGCCUGGCAUGGACGUGGGGAUUACCUGGCUUCAGUGGUGGCAGCUGCUGAGCAUACACAGGUAUUAAUGCACCAGGUGAGCCGUCGGCGCAGCCAAAGCCCCUUCCGUCGAAGCCAUGGUCAGGUGCAGUGUGUGGCCUUCCACCCCUCUCGGCCCUUCCUGUUUGUGGCUUCUCAGCGCAGCAUCCGCCUCUACCACCUGCUUCGCCAGGAACUCACAAAGAAGUUAAUGCCUAACUGCAAGUUUGUGUCUAGCAUGGCUGUCCACCCCCAAGGAGACAAUGUAAUCUGUGGCAGCUAUGAUAGCAAACUGAGCUGGUUUGACCUUGACCUUUCAACCAAGCCUUACAAGGAGCUAAGGCAUCUUCACAAGAAGGCCCUCAGGGCUGUCGCUUUCCAUCCAAGGUACCCACUCUUUGCCUCUGGAUCUGAUGAUGGCAGUGUCAUUGUCUGCCAUGGCAUGGUCUACAAUGACCUCCUCCAGAACCCACUGCUGGUGCCAGUGAAAGUUCUCAAAGGCCACACAAUGUACCGGGACCUUUCGGUGCUGGAUGUGAGCUUCCACCCCACCCAACCCUGGCUUUUCUCCUCGGGGGCAGAUGGCACCCUUCGACUCUUCACCUAGGGAGGACGAGGGGUGGAGUGCGGUGUUCAAGGGAUAUUUCUUGCUGUUGGCCUUGUCUCUCUCUGUCUCGGAGAGGAGGAUUGGCAAGAAGAAUAAAGCUUAAUCAACCACACAACAAGUCAAAGAACUUAGAAGGCUGAGAUCUUAGUGUCCUGCCCAAAGUCUCUUGUUGUACACAAAAAGAAUCUCAUUGUUGGAAGGGGCUUUCAUCUUCCAAUUUAGGAGUUCUUAAAUCUUUUUUUGUCAUGGACCUCUUUGGCAGUCUGGUGAAGUCUAUAGGCCCCUUCUCA